AUGAACAAACUAUACCAAUACUCCGUCAUUUCCGCAUUAAUGGAGGGCGUAGCCGGAAAGGGCCUCCCUCUAUCCUCUCUACUCGCCAGAGGCGAUCACGGCAUCGGCACUUUCCGGACCAUGUUAGGCGAGCUCAUCGUCGUCGACGGCAAGGCCUACCAGAUGCUCUUCGGACGGGACAGCGCGCGAGGCCUCGGCCAAGGUAGACACCGUGCCCUUCGCCAUGAUCACCCGGUUCCGGCCCAAGAGCGCCAUAAAAUCCACCCUCGCCAACAAGGGGAGCUAGGCGCCAUGAUCGCCAGCCUGUUCCUCACGGGCCGCAACAGCUUCGUCGCCUUUCGCAUCGACGGUGCCUUCCGCUCCGUGCAAGUUCGAACGGUGUCGGGUCAGUCUCAUCCAAAGGAGGGCCUGGGGGAACUGGCCGCCCGGCAGCCGGUGCACUCGCUGACGCACACCCGCGGCACGGUCGUGGGCUUCCGAUCGCCGGCUUUUCUGCAGGGCGUCAGCGUCGCGGGCCUGCAUAUGCAUUUUAUCGACGAGAAGAGGGAGCGGGGCGGGCACGUUCUCUCGCUGGAGACGGAGGGCGACGUCACGAUUCGGGCGGCGGACGUGAGUAGGUCUGUGUUGGACUUGCCGCGGGAUGAUACGGAAUACAAUGACGCGACGAUCAAGGUGGACCUGGCGGCGAUAGAGGCGGCGGAGGGAUUAUUACACGUUUAA